AUGUCCGCACAGGAUCUCUCAACGGUGAUGUCAACUCCGGAAGCAAACGUAUCAGAGUUCACACCAUCCACCGGAAUGGUCGCCACACGAAGGAAACGUCCUAGGCCGACUGACUUGCAUACCGAAAUCGAGAGAGUGCAGCAGACUAGAACUGCUGUAGCAUGUGACGCUUGUAGAAUCAGCAAAACCCGCUGUGAUGCGACUCGUCCAAGCUGUGCUAAAUGCCAGAAGCGAGGCAGGCGUUGUUUGUACCCGGACAAAGACCCAUCAUCAGUAUUUGAGAUAUUGGGCGGGAAAAUUUUGAAAGCCAUUGAAGAUCAAGGUCAGCUCAUUGUGAACCUCUCGGCCCAAGGACGUCUGAGCAAUGACAAUACAAAUGUCCAUCCGCUUCGACCAACUGAUUUACAUGUCGACGAGACUGGUGAUGAGAUAGAAUCUCAUUCACGAAAAGAUGUCCUCUCGACUCCCAUCACAGCGUCGGACGAUAUUUUGAAAUGGAAUGUGUUCCCUGCCGACAAACCCAUCAGGACGCUCCCGGCCUCUGUUUUCUCUGCCAAAGUGAACCCAUAUUCCAAAGAAAUUUUACAUCCAUCUCCUGAACGCAUUCUUGAGUUACGCGACAUAUACUUGUCAAAGUUUGAGCCAUUGACGCCCUUCGUUGACAAUGAGACCUUCGAUGACUUAGUACUGGAAGUUUUGCGAGAUGGGCUGAAAGAUUCCGUUUCGUCAUGCUUUGUGCUCUCGAUUUUCGCGUUAGCUGCCAUCUGGGGCAACUAUCCUGAAGAUGAACGGCGUGCCAGUCUGACAACUGAAAACGGCAGCCCUACUCACACAGUAGCAGUGCCUGAGCAUCGUGUCAAAGAAUCGUCCAUUUAUUUUGCCAUGGCUCAAAGCCGGAUGUCUUACGCUUUGCAAGACGACUCUCUGCUUGGAGUUUCAUGUUACUGUCUCAUGGGUUCUUGGUACUGGUAUAACCUCGAACCAAUACAAGGGUGGAAGAUGUUCCGAACCGCGUCUAUGCUGUGGGAAACAUAUCACCAGAAACAAGCACUUGACGGUAGCGAAAGGUCGCAGCAAGAGCUAAGUCUUGAGCAGCGCAUAUUUUGGACGUGUAUGAAGGCAGAAUGUGAAAUGCGAUAUGAACUUCCACAUUUACCUCUCUGCACCCUUCAGGACUCGCAGUUUUCAUUCCAGCUGCCUAGCUUUCCGUCUGAGACCCCGACAUCGCGGUUAUUUGUUUGCCAUGCCCGAGACAGGCGUAACUACGCACCGACGGCCUUUUAUUACUUUCUUGCUGAGAUAUCACUACGGCGACUACUCAACCGUGCCCGAAACGCUGCGACUAAGCUCUCGCCAAAUCUUGAUUCAUUCGGGGCAAGGAUGGUCGCAGAAAAAUUCACGCAGCUGGAAGAACAACUCCAGAGGUGGCUAGAAUGCUUACCCCCUUGUCUCUAUUUCAACCUUCCUCCCGAUUCACCCCCUUCUGAAUCCGAGCCCGAGCUAGUCAAACUGAUGCGAGAGCGAUAUGUUGAAGUUAGAGAGCUACUUUGCCGAGCAUUCUUGUAUAUCUGCAUUCAUGACCAUGCAACGCAGCUGACAAUUCCCCAAAGGCGUCUUUACGGCGCAAAAGCUUCCCUCGGUCUCCGGUUGAAUGCUUAUCGCAUUGAGACAGAAAAGCCGUUCUAUCGUCACUGUGGCUCGUGGAUCGCAUGUCGUGUGCGUUUCAAUCACGCUCUAUGCCUACUCGCUGCGGCUCGAGCAAAGAAUCUUGACACAGAAUCGACAAAAUUUAUCGAGAUACCGAUCAAUUGGCAAGACUAUGUGAUCAAGGUCAAAGAUCGCCUGGAUACGUGGUCGGAUCAAGGAGGGGGCAUUGAGCAGUUGUCAGUCACGCUCUCAUGGCUUGCUAGCCAGUCGUUCUAG